AUGCCCCGGCGCCUGUCUGCCUUCGCGGCGCUGCCGCUGCUCCUCCUCGUGUUGAGUUGCGAGGCGGCGGCGGCGGCGAACCGGGAUUCUGCACAGCUGCCGGACGGAGUGGAUGUGUUUGCGUCGCGGGAGCAGGGCAACUACGACUACGCCGCUCCCUCGCUUGCGGAGGUCGACGGGGUUCUGGUUGCCGCAGCCCAUGCCCGCUGCGGUGACUGCGAGGGGUUCGUCACGCACAUCAUGGAGCGGCACGCGCUGACGAGUGAGUGGAAGCAGCAGGACAAGUGGGAGACGCACCUGGUGACCAAGGGCCACAGUUCGGUGAACUCCAACGUUUAUUCCUUCAACCCCGUAAUGGCCGUGAAGGAGGGGAGGGUCUACCUCCUCUUCAAAGNGCAAGAGAGAAGUAAACGUUCUGGGAGUUCCGACUGGGCCGACACGUUUUCGGCU